AAUAAACCAAAGAAAAACCACUAAUGCUCACUCUAAAACCUCGCUCCCUCCGAUAUCCCUCACAAGUACAGUGCCGUUGUUCGUUUCAAAGCUCUCUCUCUUUCCGCGGUUAGCUCUUUCUUCUGUGCUGUGAUUCCAGGUCUUCGCUCGGAGCUUUUCGCGGUUUCUGUUCGCUUUUGCAACAUUUAAAGUAGUUGGCGAAAUUGCGAGGAAGUAUUCAUACAAUUAUUGAAUUGUCUUGGUUGGGUAGUUUUGAGAAGGAGCUGCAAAAUGAGAAUGGCAGUGGAACACACUAUUCAGAAUAACAUGAUCUGUCUUCACAGAUGCUCCUCAAUUCAAACGAUAACCCAACACCCUUUCUCAAGUUUCAGCUUUUCCCCCUUUCACAAGGUGACCAGCAUGCGUCAUGUUAAGUGCUGCCACAAUCCGCCCAGUUACAGGGCUGUUGAGAAUUUUGUUGAGCUAUGAUAGAUUUUCUUAGCACGGAAUGUAGGGAAAUAAGCAAGAAAGUGGGAAAAAAGGAACACCACUUGUGGAGGAAAAGAGACUCAAUUGGGUCUGGACAAAAGGCGCUCAAUCUUGUUCGAAUUGUUUCUGAGCUCCCUAAUGAGAAAGAGGCUGUCUAUGGAGCAUUAGAUAAGUGGACGGCUUGGGAAACUGAGUUCCCAUUGAUUGCUGCAGCAAAAGCUCUAAGAAUCUUAAGGAAGAGGAAUCAAUGGAAACGUGUAAUUCAAGUGGCUAAGUGGAUGUUGAGUAAAGGCCAAGGAGCUACGAUGGGAACAUAUGACACUCUUCUACUGGCAUUUGAUAUGGAUUGGAGGGUGGAUGAGGCUGAAUCAUUAUGGAACAUGAUUUUGCAUACACAUACACGCUCCAUUUCCAAGCAGUUGUUUUCUAGAAUGAUUUCCUUGUAUGAUCAUCAUGACAUGCGAGAUAAAGUAAUUGAGGUAUUUGCUGACAUGGAGGAGUUGGGUGUGAAACCAGAUGAAGAUACAGUAAGGAGAGUGGCAUGUGCAUUCCAGACACUAGGCCAAGAAGAUAAGCAGAAACUGGUUCUCAAAAAAUAUCAAUGCAAAUGGAAGUACAUUCACUUUAACGGCGAACGGGUUAGAGUGAGAAGAGAUGCAUGGGAUGAAAAAUGCUAAUUGAACCACAAAUGAAAUGGGGGUUGAAUUUAAAUUUUCAGUAUUGAAGGCACAGCAUCUGAACUUUGCACAUGGGCUUCUUUGCUAGAUCUUAGAAACCGAGGAGGACAUCCAUGGAGAUUUCAUGGCUGUUGCUAUAGAGGUUUGAUCAACUCAAACUCCCUUUGUGGGUAAGGUAAAGCACCUACUAGCUAUUGUUGAAGCCUUAUCCUUGUUUGCUAACCUGGAGGUGGUUCUAAUGUAUUGUGUAGAUAUGUCCAUAAAUAUGUCAUCAUUUGCUGUAAAUUGUAGUUAGAAAGAAAAGAUAGUUUGGUAAUUAUAAAACAUGAGGCACUGGUAUCUUCAAAUUUCCUUUAGACUGUGUUGCGACAUUGGAUGAAUGUACUUUGGAAGUGAAAUGGAUUUACUGUAGUCUGAGGCCA